CGCAUGCGUGAGUGGAACGUGUGUUCAACAAGUGAUAAGUCAGUUCGUCUUCACCGAGGGCGUCACCGCGACAAAACCGAGCGCGUUGCCAAAAUGGAGCAGAUAAAGAAGAAGAUGACCGCACUGCGGGAGGAGCACAACUUGGCAAUGGAGCGAGCAGAAGACGCCGAAUUCAAACUGAAAGAAAUCCAAAGUCAACUAGACGCUGCAUUGGACGAAACCAAGGCGCUCGAGCGCAAGGUCACGCUACUGGAGGAUGAUCUGGAUAGGGCUGAAAGUCAGUUGGAGGACGCGACGAAGCGAGCCGACAAAGCCGAAAGGACGGCGGAAGACCUGGACAGAGAGUUGAAGCGACGCGACCACGCGAUGGCAUUCGACGACGACAAGUUGGAUGACUUGGAAGCGAAACUAAAGGAAAGUAAGGAGAUGGCUAACACGUUUCAGAAGAAAGCCGAAGAUGCGGAGAGAAAGUUGAUUCUGAUGGAGUCAGACCUGGAGAGAGCCGAAGAGAAGGCCGAGACAUUGGAUGAUAAGUGUCGACAACUUCAGACUGAAGUCGAUGGUCUGGCAUCGAAUGUUCGUUCAAUGGAGACAAACGAAGUCAACUCGUCCGAAAGCAUAGAUCGUCUGGAAGAGAGGAUAAAGCUACUAGAUGCAAAACUAGGAGAAGCAGAGAAAGCAGCCGACGAGCACAAGAUGAGGGCCGAUCGAUUGCAGUCUGAUUUAGAUAAAGCAGACGCGGAAUUGGAUCGAGAGCAGACUGUACACAAGCAGACCAGGGCUGAACUAGACAGCGUCUUGGCUGAGCUCAACGAGAUAUAGAUGGCUAGGAGAAACGGCAGACUUGAGUUUCAUUGAAUGAGAUAGACUCAAUUGAAUUGACUUUCCAUGGACAAAAGAGGGUCUGGUUUUGUAGGCAGGCUGUAUAAGAAUUAUGGGUAUUUUUGGUUUGUUGGCAUAUCUUGUGAUAGACUUGUUACAAAACGAGUGAUAAAUAUGAAA